CCUCUUCUUCUUGUGUUUCUUCCCCUUUGGAGCCUGAGCACGUUGCAGCUGGGCUGCUCCCGCUGUUUGCCUAACGAGGAGAACGAAUCAGAGCCGAGCGGAGUGGCAGAGAGGCACGGAACGGGAAUACUCGGCCAGGGAAACGGUCCCGGGAAAGGGGGAGAGACUCCGUGGGGAAUCUGGGCUAGUAUGCUAUCGAUCUCCACAGGACUGGGCGCUCACUGGAAGGCUUGACUGGAUCUCAGUGCGUCUGACAGGCGUGGGUAAAUGUGGAGCAGCUGAUGUCGGCGAUGGCCGGCCUGGACUCGCAGACCCGGACACCACCCCGCCAGCCCUACCGUCGCCUGAGUAACCCACAGCCCACCAGGAGAGUCUGACCCACCCCCACCUCCUCCUCCUCCUCCUCCUCCUCCUCCUCCCCCCACCUCCCCGCAUCUCCUGGGCUUCCUACAGCAGCCUCCUGGCGCUACCCCGGGCCCAUCAUGGGAGGAUGCCUCUCCAAGCCCAAACCAGUGGAGGUUAAAGUGGAGCUCACGCUGCUGGACAAGGAGAGGGAGACGGACACGAUGUCUCCCAACGGCAAGGUCAGCCCGUUCUCCGAGUGCCGGCCCAACGGCGCGCUGGGACACUGCUCGGACGAGGACUCCUCCGCCGCGCUCCGGCCGUUCCACAAACCGCGAGACUACGUGGAGGCAUCGGUGUGCCACGUCAAGGACCUGGAGAACGGACAGAUGCGGGAAGUGGACCUGGGUGCUGGCAGGGCUCUUCUGAUAAAGGAACAUGGAGAAUUCUGUGCAAUCGGACACAAGUGCCCACACUAUGGAGCCCCGCUGGUCAAAGGCGUCCUGUCAAAGGGCCACGUGCGCUGCCCCUGGCACGGUGCCUGCUUCAACAUCGCCACGGGGGACAUCGAGGACUUCCCCGGCCUGGACAGCCUGCCCACCUUCCAGGUCCGAGUGGAGAAGGACAAGGUGAUCAUUCGGGCUAACAAGCAGGCUCUUCAGUCUCAGAAGAGGACGAAGGCGAUGUCCAGGUGUUCGGCGGUGAUCAACUCCAGCACAGGCUUCAGCCACGUUCUCAUCAUAGGAGCGGGUCCCGCUGGGCUGGUGUGUGCGGAGACGUUGCGACAGGAGGGCUUCACCGACCGCAUCGUCAUGUGUACCAUGGAAAAACACCCACCCUAUGACAGACCUAAACUGAGUAAGUCCCUGGAAAGCACAGCCGAGCAGCUGAGGCUACGGUCGGCCGAGUUCUUCCAGACGCACAGCAUCGAGCUGCUGACGGAGAAAGAGGUUGUCUCCGUGGAUGUGAGGACGAAAAUCGUCAUGUUCCAUGAUGGACUGAAGAUGGAGUACAGGAAGCUUCUCAUCGCAACAGGAAGCAUACCGAAGCCCUUGAACUACAAAGGCAAGGACGUAGAAAACGUGUUUUACCUCAGAACACCCGAAGACGCCAACAGCAUAGCCAGACUCGCCAACAACAAGAACGCGGUGAUCGUGGGAACUUCGUUCAUCGGGAUGGAGGUGGCCGCAGCGCUCACAGACAAAGCCCACUCCGUCUCCGUCAUCGGGAUCGACGCCAUCCCCUUCCGGAAGAAUCUGGGAGAGAAAGUGGGGAAAACGAUAAUGAAGAUGUUCGAGAACAAGCGGGUGAAGUUCUACAUGCAGAACGAGGUCUCCGAGAUGCGGGGCCAUCAUGGACAGUUAAAAGAAGUGGUUUUGAAAAGCGGGAAGGUCUUAAGAGCUGAUGUGUGUGUCAUCGGCACAGGAUCUGGCCCCGCCACGUCGUUUUUAAGACAGAGCGGGAUAAAUGUGGACUCUAAGGGCUUCAUCCCAGUUAGUAAGACAAUGCAGACUAACGCGGAGGGAGUCUUUGCUGGAGGAGACGUGGUGGCCUUCCCGCUCUCCGGACGCAGCAAUAAGAAGGUGAACAUCUCACACUGGCAGAUGGCUCAUGUGCACGGAAGAGUGGCUGCCCUCAACAUGAUGGGCACGAGCACGGAGAUGAAGACGGUGCCUUACUUCUGGACGGCCAUGUUUGGGAAAAGCAUAAGAUACGCAGGUCAUGGAGAGGGAUUUGAUGACGUGAUCAUCCAAGGGGAUCUGGACGAGCUGAAGUUUGUGGCCUUUUACACAAAGAGCGAGGAGGUGAUUGCUGUGGCGAGCAUGAACUAUGACCCCAUCGUGUCCCGGGUGGCGGAAGUCUUUGGUUCCGGAAAGACGAUUAGGAAACGUGACGUGGAGACUGGGGACAUGUCGUGGCUGAUUGAGAAAGGCACGCAGUGAGCAUCUCAACCUGCGUCUGCAGAAAGACAUGCAUGCUGGGAAAAAAAAGAGAAAAAACAAGGAACUCAUGGUGCUGUCAUGACAACCAACUUUUGGGAGACGGGGGACAUUCGGACAGAGGCCAGGCCUGGAUCUCUACGGGAUGCUUCGGCCUACGUUCAGCUCGGCAGAGAGCGUUCCCUGUGACAGAAUUGUACAUAUUGUAAUAAAAUGUAAGAGUACGUGAGCCAUAAACGGUUUUUAACAACCAGCUCAAACAACAGUAGAGCAGAAGUAGUGGACUACUGCUCCUGGAAAUGUCAGGCUUAACUAAAAAGCAAUACUGUACUGUCAAUAUGCUGUGCAUGAUGCAUCUACCUGUACACAUUGUCUAUAGGGGUGUAUAGGGGUAUUGCCAUUUUUGUACAUGUAACUUUGUAAAUAGCUACAAACACAGAACGCACUGUCACACAUACAGGUCUGUACAAUUUAUGCAGAUCUUUAAAAUAAGACAUUGCUUGGUUUCAUCCAGGGACAAAUGGAAACUGGACCGGUAUUUAGGCUUUUGUUCAAAUGUGUAUUAUUUUGACAUUUUGUAGAUCCAGACUGGAAGAAGCCUGCUGUAGAAGCCAUACUAAAAUUAGGCUUUGGCUAUAGGAAACACAACAUUUCUUCAAAGCCAUGCAACAUGUUUCUGCAACAACCCUUACAGUAAAAACAAAUGCAAGUAUGCACUCCAACUGAUUUGUAUGCUCUGAGAUGCUAGCAUAUUGCCUCUUUAAUUCAAAGGAAUACAGAGUACUUCUUGCUAUGAGUAACUUUGGUAGACCUGCUCGUAGAUUGCACAAAUUAAAAUCUCUUUCUGAAUUAAUAAUGUAGGCUUGUAUUUUCAAAGUGAAUCAUUUAACUAAUUUUCUCAAUGGUAUGCAAUGAUUAAUGAAUGCCAUUUUUUAUUUUUUAUUUUCUUUUGCUUGGUAUGGCUUCUCAUAGACAGUCUUUGUGACUAACUCAGGGAGCUGUGCUACUGGGGGAGUGGAAUCAGGAUCUGUUGCAUUAGUGUUCCUACCGGAAAUCUGGUCACUGCAUUGCAAUGGCCCGUCUUUAUGAAUAAUUAUUUCCUUAUAACCGAGUUCUAAUAAUAUAAGGAUAUUCGUAUGUUUGCUCAAAUUAAUAACAAAUGUCACUGCAGUGUGCAUACCCUGUACCAAAUGUUACACCAUAGCUAGAUUUUUCCUUUGUGUUUUUAUAAAUGAAAAAUGCCCGUUUUGUCUCAUUGCUGCUGCCUGACGUGGUUACAUGAAAACUAUUUAAUAACAAAACUAUUUGGAUUAAGUAAAUAUCUGGCAGAAAGCAGUUUCCUGGAAUGAAAACUACCGGAGUUCAAUAUUAAAUGCAAUGUUGUGAUACAUUUCAAUAAAAUGCACAAAAAUGAGAAGAAA